CUUACCCAUGCCAUGGAAGGACUUCAGCCGAGAGUCACGAGUGAAACACACCAAUAGGUCCAACAGACUGUGUGAGGCGUAGGGCCGACAUAUUAUUGGCCAGUUCCACCUUGAAUGAAUGGCUGCGCCCUGGAGCCGGUCCAUAGCAGCUUCCCUGGUCUCUCUCUGUGUGGGCCGAUCUCACAACAUAAAACAUAGCUCCUCCCCCUCCUUCCAGCUGAUUGUCGGAUCUAACUCAACUUCCCCUUUCCUACCAAUUUGUCCUACCCCCUUCUUCCCUCAUUAAACUCUCCUCCUGUUAAUAGCGAUAGACGGUCAGAUCUUGUCGUCCAGCUGGACUACCAGAAGUGUGUUUGCGUUAUUCUGCCAAGGUAUCUUGGGAUUGUUUCAUUGACAGGUUGUUAUUUGCCAGGGCACACUUUAAAAUUAACCCCACCACCGUUUACGACAUUUGCUUUCAGUAUCUGGAGGCAACCUUCGUUGGAUUGGAAUACCAAACAGCCCUCUAGUUAUUCGCCCGCUCAUCUUUCGACGUUUCACCUCUUUCCCUAACUUCUCUUCUCUCCCUCUCUUCUCUCACUCUCUUUUCUUUCCAACUUUAGUCAAACAUGUGCGGAAUUUUCGGUUACAUCAACUACCUCGUCGAGAGGGAUCGCAAGUAUAUUCUUGACACUCUCCUCAACGGACUGUCGCGCCUCGAGUACAGAGGCUACGAUUCUGCCGGUCUCGCUAUAGAUGGUGACAAGAGGAAUGAAGUUUGCGCUUUUAAGGAAGUAGGAAAGGUCGCCAAGCUGAGGGAGCUCAUCGAUGAGUGCAAGCCUGAUCUGACCAAAUCAUUUGAGUCUCAUGCUGGUAUUGCCCACACUCGUUGGGCCACCCAUGGAACUCCUUCCCGCCUGAACUGCCACCCACACAGGUCCGACCUGAACUGGGAAUUCUCCGUUGUCCACAAUGGUAUCAUCACUAAUUACAAGGAACUCAAGGCUCUGUUGGAGAGCAAAGGAUUCCGUUUCGAGACUGACACAGACACCGAAUGUAUUGCGAAGCUCGCAAAAUAUCUCUACGACCAACAACCGGAUAUCGAAUUCACAGUCCUAGCCAAGGCUGUUGUGAAGGAACUUGAGGGUGCUUUUGGUCUUCUCAUCAAAUCCGUACACUAUCCUCAUGAAGUCAUUGCGGCCCGCAAAGGUUCCCCGCUUGUUAUUGGCGUGAGAACGUCGAAGAAAAUGAAGGUGGAUUUCGUGGAUGUUGAGUACUCAGAGGAUGGGGCGCUUCCUGCAGAGCAAGCUUCCCAACAUGUGGCCAUCAAGAAGUCAGCGACUGGCCUCCUCGCCCCGCCUGACAAAUCCCUUUUGCAUCGGUCACAGUCCCGUGCUUUCCUUUCCGAUGAUGGUGUUCCCCAGCCAGCAGAAUUCUUUUUGUCUUCGGACCCUUCUGCCAUUGUCGAACACACGAAGAAAGUUCUUUAUCUCGAAGAUGACGAUAUAGCUCAUGUUCAUGAAGGCCAGUUGAACAUUCACCGCCUCACAAAGGAUGAUGGCACCUCCAAUGUCCGCGCAAUUCAGACGAUUGAACUUGAGCUGCAGGAGAUUAUGAAGGGAAAGUUUGAUCACUUCAUGCAAAAGGAGAUUUUUGAGCAGCCCGAGUCUGUGAUUAACACCAUGAGAGGACGAUUGGAUGUUGCGAACAAGCAAGUUACUCUUGGUGGUCUACGGCAGUACAUUUCUACUAUACGGCGUUGCAGAAGGAUCAUUUUUGUUGCCUGCGGAACAAGCUACCAUUCCUGCAUGGCUGUGCGUGGGGUCUUUGAAGAGCUAACUGAGAUUCCUAUUUCAGUUGAACUUGCUUCCGACUUCCUGGAUAGACAGGCGCCAGUCUUCCGUGAUGAUACGUGUGUUUUUGUUUCCCAGUCUGGUGAAACCGCUGAUUCACUCUUGGCUCUGCGCUAUUGUCUUGAACGGGGUGCAUUGACCGUUGGUAUUGUUAAUGUUGUAGGGUCGUCGAUCUCUCUCCUUACGCACUGCGGUGUGCACAUUAACGCUGGUCCAGAAAUCGGUGUGGCCUCUACGAAAGCUUACACUUCCCAGUUUGUUGCGAUGGUCAUGUUCGCACUAUCCCUUAGUGAGGAUAGGGCAUCUAAACAGAAGAGGCGGGAGGAAAUCAUGGAGGGCCUUUCCAAGGUCUCCGAACAAUUCAAGGAGAUCUUGAAACUUAAUGAACCCAUUAAAGAAUUAUGUGCAAACUUCAAGAAUCAAAAGAGUUUGCUUCUGCUGGGUAGGGGCGGUCAAUUCCCCACUGCGCUUGAAGGUGCACUGAAAAUUAAGGAGAUUUCCUAUCUCCACUGUGAAGCUGUUAUGUCCGGUGAAUUGAAGCACGGUGUUCUUGCUCUUGUUGAUGAAAACUUGCCUAUCAUCAUGAUUCUCACGAGGGACAACCUUUUCUCGAAAUCUUUGAACGCUUAUCAGCAAGUUAUUGCCAGAGGCGGUCGUCCUAUUGUGAUCUGCAAUUCCAAUGAUCCAGAAUUCUCCUCAGCCCAAACUGUGAAGAUCGAAGUUCCUAAGACUGUCGAUUGCCUACAGGGCCUCCUCAAUGUUAUUCCCCUUCAGUUAAUCGCUUAUUGGCUGGCUGUGUCGGAAGGUCUUAAUGUUGAUUUCCCCCGCAAUCUUGCAAAGUCGGUCACAGUUGAGUGAGUUCUCGCUAUACGCGUAGCCGAAGCAUGAUAGAUUGAGGUUACCGGGUCUUGGUGGGCAUGCUUGCUAUUCCUCGAUUGAGUUCUGUUUUUAUUUCCAUAAUUGUCCGGUAGAAUUUAAACAUUGCAAGCAAUGAUUUUCGAUAACUUGAGUAAGUUUGACUCAGAUACUUUGUAAUGAGUAUGCUGUUUGUGUUGCUUAACAGUAUGGUGAUGUUCUUUUCUUACCUGCAAGUAUGUGCAUCUCAAGAGAAUUUAUCUAUAUGGUACUAACCCUUUGUGUCUGUUUACGGAGCAAUACAUACGUAUUCUAUUGGACCGGUACAGGACUUAAUUAAACCCCUAUAAAUACUAGGUUUUUUAUUAUUUACUUUUUAACAUAGUCUAACCUAGAUAACUAUUUAGAGAAUUUAACUAUUGUGGGA